ACCCAGAGAAACUAGAAUGCUUGAAAGACAAGGGGGAAAAGUUCCGUUUCCUCCCGUCAAAUUGUGAGGAAAAUGGCGAGUCUGUAGGAGACUAAAGCGACUGAAUAAGGAGAAGGGUUAUGUGAAUGGAGUAUAUCUUUGUAGUGAGGUGAGGAAACAUUCUGUCUUCAGUGGAGUAUGGCACAACGCGAGCCUUCGUUGCAUGGAAAAGGAAGCGUCAACUUUAUAGACGUUUCAGCGUGACGCGUUUUCACUUCAGUAAUGUGGAUUGUACGCGCCCUGGGCAGCUACCGAAAAAGCGGUCUUCAUCGAGCAAGACAGAAGGGACCAGCGAGCUUCAAUAUCAUCAUUUGGAUGAGUUUAACCGAUGCAUAUUCUGAUCGAUACAUCUGAAAUAUGUUUACCUCACGUAUAACGGGACAACACUCACCUUCGGGUCGCGCAACGUGUACGCGAACGCACUUUGCAGAUGUUAGAUAAUCACAGUCGUUAGUCAUUUGACUCCAGCAUGCACAUGUCUGUUUGAGGGAUUGUUGUGUAUGAGUGAUUUGCUGUACUGACUGCGCGAUGGCCCUCAGGUCCAGAAGACCAUUGGUGAGCGUCAUCGUGGGUUUUUUUCUUGGCUUCACAGCCGCAUCGUGGCUGGUUGUGCCCAGAGUUGUGGAGAUCAGUGUGAAGAACAGAAGGUCUUCAGUGUGUACAUACUACAGUAGCGGCAGGGCUCAGGCUAAAGUUUCAGACACCGCCCACAGUACCUCAUCUACAAUUGGCAGACACAAGCAUCUGCAGCCACUCUUCUCCAGCCAGGAAGGCAGUGAUGAAGGUGAAGAGGAUCUUUAUAGGACAGGGAACAGUACUGAUGGAACUGGUCCUGUACCUCCAGCUAGCUUUUUGUAUGUGGGGGUCAUGACAGCUCAGAAGUAUUUGGCCUCCAGGGCUGUGGCUGCCUACAGGACAUGGACCCCCAACAUCCCUGGGCGGGUGGAGUUCUUCUCCAGUGAGGGCUCUGAGAAGGUGCCCCUGCCAAUUCCAAUGCCCGUCAUCCCGCUGACAGGAGUGGAUGAUUCAUACCCUCCGCAGAAGAAAUCUUUCAUGAUGCUGAAGUACAUGCAUGACCAUUAUUUGGAUAAAUACGAGUGGUUUAUGAGGGCUGAUGACGAUGUCUACAUUAGAGGUGAGAAGUUGGAAUUGUUUCUUCGCUCUCUCAACAGCAGUAAACCACUGUAUCUGGGUCAGACAGGUCUUGGUACCACAGAGGAGCUAGGUAAACUGGCCCUGGAGCCUGGAGAGAACUUCUGUAUGGGUGGUCCAGGGAUGAUCUUCAGCCGAGAAGUUCUCCGCAGGAUGGUGCCACACAUCGGGUCCUGUCUUAGAGAGAUGUAUACUACUCAUGAAGAUGUGGAGAUAGGACGCUGCAUCAGGCGUUUUGGAGGGACCCAAUGUGUCUGGUCAUACGAGAUGCAGCAGUUGUUCUAUGAGAACUAUGAGCAUAACAAGAAAGGUUUCAUCCAGGACCUUCACAGUAGCAAGAUCCACAAUGCCAUCACGCUGCACCCCAACAAGCGUCCAGCUUAUCAGUACAGGCUGCACAGCUACCUGCUCAGCCGCAAGAUCUCUCAGCUCCGGUAUCGCACGAUUCUGCUGCACCGUGAAGGCGUCACCAUGAGCCGACUCGGCAAUGCUGCAGUGCAGUGGGAGGACCAGCUCCUGGGGGCACCACCGUCCUACACACGCUAUCUCCCCACAGAGCGGGGAGCUGUCAUAGAGUGGGAUUUUCUGACCGGCAGGCACCUGUACUCCACCAGCGAGAGACAGAUGCCCCGUCAAGGCCUUGGAAACCUGGUCCGCUCAGCGCUCGAAGAUACAGUGCUUCAAGUGAUGGAGAUGAUCAACGAGAACUCCAAAACUCGAGGCCGCAUUAUAGACUUCAAGGAGAUCCAGUAUGGCUAUAGAAGGGUGGAUCCGCUUCACGGUGCCGAAUACAUCUUGGACCUUCUGCUGCUUUACAAGAAGCACAAGGGUAGGAAAGUGACGGUGCCAGUGCGUAGACACGCUUACCUUCAGCAGUCCUUCAGUAAACCAUUCUUCAGCGAGGCAGAGGAACUGGAUGUUGGUGACCUAGUAGACGCCAUCAACGGUGACUCUCGUUCGCUCUCUUUCCUCUCAAGCUCGCUCAAGAUCUUCUCUUCCUUACAGAUCUCAGAAUCCACAAAAGACGUGCAAGAGCAAAGUCAGACAAAAAUCCACUUCCUUGUACCGCUCACGGGUCGCUAUGAAGUCUUUGUACGUUUCAUGGAAAACUUUGAGAGAAUCUGCCUGAUCCCGAACCAGAGUGUGAAACUGACCAUAAUCCUGGUUGACAGUGAUACAAACCAGGAUAAGGAGAGACACCUGGAGCUGAUAAAGGAAUAUCAUAACAGAUAUCCUAAAGCAGACCUGUCUAUCAUACCCAUGUUGGGAGGCUUUUCUCGAGGCCUCGCCCUUGAGAUGGGCUCUUCUCAGCUGGCUAACGACUCACUGCUGUUUUUCUGUGAUGUGGACCUGGUCUUCAACACUGAUGCCCUCCAAAGGUGUCGAGACAACACUGUCGAAGGAAGGCAGGUAUAUUUCCCUAUUGUUUUCAGUCAGUAUGAUCCCAAAAUUGUCUAUGCUGGAGGUCCUCCUGAAGACAGCGCCUUUGUUUUCACCAAGAAGAGUGGAUUCUGGCGAGAUUAUGGAUUUGGUAUCACCUGCAUAUUCAAGAGUGACUUGCUUAAAGCUGGGGGGUUUGACACCUCAAUACAAGGCUGGGGUUUAGAGGAUGUCGAUUUGUUCACGAAAGUCGUUAAUUCUGGCUUGAAAGUGUUUCGCUCCCAAGAAGCAGGUAUUGUGCAUAUUUAUCACCCUGUCCUGUGUGACACACAUUUAGACCCUAAGCAAUACAAAAUGUGUGUCGGGUCUAAAGCGAGCACUUAUGCAUCCACAAUGCAGCUGGCAGAAUUGUGGUUGUCCAAACAUUUAGGUGUCGGUUAUAACAGGACUUCCUCCUGAUGUUGCAAGCAAUCCCUGGAGUUUGCCUCAGAUCUGCAAAAGUGCAAAGCAAUUCAUUCACUGUAUGUGUGAUAUUUGUAUUUUCUGGAUAAAUGUACAUCCUAUCAAAUAAGUACACUCCAAAUCCUUUAGUGCAACGUUCAAAAGUUUUUCUUGCUAUCUAAGUAUGAUGCAGCAUCUUCAGAAGGAUAUUUAUUGAACAAGAAGGUCUGAAAAGAAGGUCACUUUGGAACGUAUUCAAUGAGCUUAUUUUGAGCUUAAUUUGUUUUCCAUCUUGCAAUCUUCUCAUAAACUCAGGAGCAUGUUCUGUCACAUGAACACAACAUGGAAUAAGAACACUGGUGUUCGCUGUGUGUCAUUCAAUAGAAACAAGCUAGUUCACACUGCAGUGGUUAUAAUAAUAAUAAAGUUGACAAUAAUAAUGUACAGAAAGUGCCACAAAUGUGCUUUAAAUUUCCUUGCUGAGGAAAGUGACAAGACAAAUCGAGUUAUCUGAUUUAUAAUAUUGUACCUUAUCUCAGUAUUUUUUUUAAGGAACUGUUCAAUGAUUUAAUUUUUUACCUAAAUUUGUUCCAUAAUAUAAAG